AUGCUUGGCGAUUAUACGGAGGAGGUCAAGGCAUGUUUUAAUUUGUCUAUUAUACUCUAUCUGGAAUGCCGCCGCCAGUUUCACCUUACCCUUUCGGAGGGCUCCAAACAACUUUCUGCUACCUAUCGAAAGUUAAAGUCAAGCAUUGAAAAAUCGAGGCCGUAUUCGGAACUUUCUGACAAGCGCCAGCAACUUGUUUUGGACAUUCAGCGAAAUUCCGAACAGUACCGUGCAGCCCAAACUGAAUUUGAAGCAGCACAGUCAGUUCUAGAAAACUACAGUUCAGCAGCCAAGUUCCAAGACACACAGUGGUCGGAAUUGGAUGGUAUCAAUCUUGCUAUCGACAAGGUCAAUCUCUGGAAGAAAAAAUCUCGGGAUCUUCAAGUUGAACAUGAGCAGAUGCUCUCUCAGUGUCGCGCUUAUGAAGAAGAACUAUCCCGUUUACGGUCGCAACUGGGGAGUUCUAUUCGAAAAGCCAAGUAA